AUGAAAUUCGCUUUGCUAGUCCUGAUGGCCGCAGGUACCAUAGCCGUCCCUGUUGUUGAACGUCAGGAGGCACCCCCAUCUUUCACUGGAGGGUUUCCACCAGCACCUACGGGGGGUUUCCCUGGAGGACCAAGCUUCAGCUUCCCUUCUGGACCGCUCCCCACCGGCGGGUUUCCCAUUCCAAGCGGCCGUCCGAGCGGCCGUCCAAGUGGUCGUCCAAGUGGCCGCCCCACUGGUGGAAGACCCACUGAUCGUCCCGUACCUACAGGCGGAUUUCCUGUUCCCACAGGUGGCUUCCCCGGUUUCCCCUCUGGAGUUCCCUCCGGAUUUCCAGUACCCUCGGCCCCCCCAGCACCCCCAGCACCAUCUGCUUAG